GCAUUCGAACUACAUAUUCGCUCCGCCCAUUUGUUUUGGUAUGCAUUUGCGGGUCGCGUGGACCCCCUUUUUAGGAGUUUUGAAUAAUGCAUUUCUCGCUGUGACACAUUUUAUGCACUUGUGGGAGGUUGACGACAAGGUCCGCUAACUUUAUGUUGCGUUUGUGCCUCACCAAUCACUUCGAGUCGCAAUGCAGCAAGAGAAGUUCCGCACAACUUCACGCCACGGUUACUCCGUGAGGUAUUCUCCUUUCAAUCCGACAAGGCUAGCAUGUUCCACUGCGCAAAACUACGGUUUGCAAGGAAAUGGUACGCUUUUUAUCCUGGAAUCAGUCCACGGAGAACCAAUCCGGUUGGUGAAGACGUUUGAGUGGCCCGACGGCUUGUACGACGUCACCUGGAGUGAGAUACAGGAUCAUGUCGUGGUUCUGGCAGGUGCUGAUGGCAACAUCAUUUUCUUGGACCUGGUUGGUCAUAAUGCGCCACGUUUGGUUCUAAAAGGACACACAAAGGAGGUAAGCAACAUAGAAUGGAAUCAAACACGGCAAGAACAAUUGCUCGCAACGGCUUCCUGGGACCAGCUCAUCAAAGUUUGGGACCCACAAACUGGAAGCUUGCUGCACACUUAUGAAGGCCACACCAACAAAGUGUACUGCGCCACCUGGUCACCCCACAUUCCAAGGCUGCUGGCUUCUACGUCUGGCGAUGGUACCCUACGUUUGUGGAACCUGCCCGAACCUGUUCCAGUUGCGACCAUUCCAGCACAUCCGUGCGAAGUGCUUAGCUGCGAUUGGUCAAAGUACAGCCAGAGCAUUAUUGCUACGAGCGGCAUAGAUGGCUUAAUCCGAGGGUGGGAUAUCAGAAACAUUAAGCGCCCCGCAUUUGAGUUGCGCGGACACAACUACGCGAUAAGGCGGAUCAAGUUUUCUCCGCAUAACGAUUCCGUCCUGGCGUCGGUGUCUUACGACUUCACAACACGGAUAUGGGACUGGAAGAAAUCACCAGAAGCGCUGAUGGUUCUCCAAAACCACAAGGAAUUUGUCUUCGGGCUAGAUUUUAACCUUCACGUCAGGGGACAGAUUGCGGAUUGCAGUUGGGACCAGAGUGUCUGCAUCUCGCACCUGCCUGCCAACUAUUUCUGAGUUGUGCCAAAGGCGACGUUUCAGAGCUUGACAGCAAAAAUAUAUACAAGCAGUAGUUGUACAUAUAAUUAUAAAACAAAUUGUGUAAAUAUGUUUUUAGAAAUUGCAUAUAAUAAACGCUGUACAUAAAAAAUGCAAUACUGUCCACGGGGAAGUAAGGCACAACCAUUAUACUAAUGCGACAUUGUCAUGAAAUUGAGAAAAAUUUACCUUGCGUCACUGAAAGUGGGAAUAUUGUGUCGAACGUAAAAUUGUGGCGAAUGUCACAAAAUACACUAUGGCAUAACUGUCGUAACAGUACAUUGUCAUUAAAUUAAGAGAAGAAU